AUGAACCAAAACAACGGCAACCAUUGGUCAAUCUUUGCCCGCAGCGGCCCGUCCCGGCUAACCUCGUACAACGAGAGCCUGGUGUACCGCCUCCUGGACGUGCUGCGGCCCGACCCCGUGGAGUACUCCUCUGCGACGCCGCUGGUGUUCUCGACGGCGAAGGAGUUCGAGGGCAAGGCCGACAAGAACGAGAAGUGGUACGGUACUCCAUACCAGGUGGAAAGCCUAGCGUCGUACGAGAAAGAGUGGUGCUCCCCCCCUGCGAUCCCGGCGCUGAAGCUCCCGGGGCCCAACCCCUUCAUACCGCGGGACCUGAGCGUCAUCAACCCCAAGGGGAGGAUCGUUAAGCCCGGGGAUAAGAUCGCGGCCCCGGCGGUGGUUCUGGUGUUCCCGACGACGGCGGGGUGGAAGGUGAGGCACAAGCUCGACGACAUCUUCGCACAGCCGAAGGUGGUGUGCAACCUGGAGGUCGUGAGCCCGGUGGCCUAUGAGAGUCCAAGGGCCGUAGCCGCCCUGAAACUCUUCGAGCUAUCCCUCGACGAGAGGCUCAACGAGUACGCCUACGACGCCCAGAUGGCGGGUCUAGGGUACAGCCUGGACUUCACGACCAGGGGACUUCGAAUGUCCUUCGCGGGGUUCUCGGACAAGAUGCCCGACUUCAUCGAGAAGGUAGCCCAGGCGGUCGCGACCUAUACCCCCAGCGACCCCGUGGAGUUCGAGCGCCUGCGAGACGUGGUUCGCAGGGACUUGACCAGCUACGACACGCAGCAGCCCUACCAGCACGCCAUGUCCAACGCGGCAGUUGCUUCGGAGGACCCCCGGUACACGGUGCAGGAAAUCCGAGACACCCUGGACUCGGUGAAGAUGUCAGAAAUCAAGCCGCUCGUGUCGAGAGUGUUCGGGCAGGCGGAAGGGUUGGGCCUCUUGCAGGGAAACCUUGAGUUCAGAGGCGUCGACCAGUGA